CGCCCUCCCAAAGCUUCUCGGCUGUCCCUCUUCCCGACCCUCGUCCGUACUCAAGACCCUGGACCCACCUUCCUCUAUAUAACCUGCCCUCCUCCUCUCUUCCUCCCCUCAUCCUCAUCCCACCACUCCCCCUCACUCCUCCCUCACACCCCCCUCUCUCAUCUUCACCAUGGUCGCCCCCGCCGCCCUCUCCUACGACGACAACACCUCCGCCGGCGACCUCGCCCACCCCGCCGCCCGCACCAGACCCUCCUUCAUCUCCCGCGCCUCCUCCAAAAUCACCACCAAAGACGGCUGGCUCGGCGACUACGACUAUGCCUACCUCUUCACCCCCCGCAUCCCCUUCGUCUCCCGCGAGCGCAAGCCCGGCCCCUUCUUCGGCCUCAACGACAAAAUGCCCGUCGUCCUCGCCAUCAUCCUCGGCUUCCAGCACGCCCUCGCCAUGCUCGCCGGUAUCAUCUCCCCGCCCAUCAUCCUCGCGGGCUCCGCCGGCGCAAACUUCGGCUCGGAUCUCCAGGAGUACGUCGUCUCCGCCUCCAUGAUCUGCUGCGGCCUCCUCUCCGCCAUCCAGAUCACCCGCUUCCACAUCUACAAGACAAAGUACUACAUCGGCACCGGUCUUAUCUCGGUCGUCGGCACCUCCUUCGCGACCAUCCCCGCCGCCACCGGCGCCUUCGCAAAGAUGUACGAGAACGGCACCUGCCCUCUUGACGCAGACGGAAACAAGCUCCCCUGCCCCGACGGAUACGGCGCCAUCAUCGGCACCGCCUGUCUCUGCGCUCUUCUCGAGGUCCUCCUCUCCUUCACCCCUCCUCAGAUCCUCAAGAAGCUCUUCCCGCCUCUCGUCACCGGCCCUACCGUCCUCCUCAUCGGAGUCCACCUCGUCGGCACUGGCUUCGAGUCCUGGGCUGGUGGCUCGGGCUCCUGCAUGGACCGUCCCGCCACCGGUCUCUACUCCAUGUGCCCUUCCACCGCCGCCCCUCACCCUCUCCCCUGGGGCUCUGCCGAGUUCAUCGGUCUCGGCUUCCUCGUCUUUGUCUCCAUCAUCAUCUUUGAGAAGUGGGGCUCCCCCAUCAUGCAGUCCUGCGCCGUCAUCCUCGGCCUGCUCGUCGGCUGCAUCGUCGCCGCCGCCUGCGGUUACUUCUCCCCCGACAAGGUCAACUCCGCCCCCGCCGCCACCUUCCUCUGGGUCCACACCUUCAAGCUCUCUCUCUACGGCCCCGUCGUGCUCCCCAUGCUCGCAGUCUACCUCGUGCUCAUGAUGGAGGCCAUCGGUGACAUCACCGCGACCUGCGACGUCUCCCGUCUCGAGGUCGAGGGCCGCACUUUCGAGUCCCGCAUCCAGGGCGGUGUCCUCGCCGACGGUCUCAACGGCAUCCUCGCCGGCCUCAUGACGAUGACCCCCAUGUCGACCUUUGCGCAGAACAACGGUGUCAUCUCGCUCACCAAGUGCGCCAACCGCACCGUCGGCUACUUCUGCUGCUUCUUCCUCCUCAUCAUGGGCAUCUUCUCCAAGUUCGCCGCCGCCAUCACCUCCAUCCCCGACUCCGUCAUCGGCGGCAUGCAGACCUUCCUCUUCUGCUCCGUCGCCGUCUCCGGCCUCCGCAUCAUCUCCACCGUCCCCUUCACCCGCCGCACCCGCUUCGUCCUCACCGGCUCCCUCAGCAUGGGUCUCGGCGCCAUCCUCGUCCCGGACUACUUCUCCUACGUCUUCACCUACGAAGGCGACAACUCGGGCCUCAAGGGUUUCUUCGACGCCAUCGUCAUCUUCAUGGAGUCGGGUUUCACUGUUACUGCCUUUAUGGGACUCUUCCUCAACCUCUUCAUCCCCGAGGACGAGCCCGAGUCGGAAGCUGUCGAGAUCGAGGCUGCCGGCGGCGCCAACGAGAUGGACUCGGACUCGAUCGUCGUCCAGCGCGAGACCCUGGACUCUGAGGAGACCGAGAAGAGCGUCGAGAAGUACUAAUCCUCCCCUCUUCCCCCUCCUCUCUCUCUUCUCUUCUCUUCUCUUCCUUAUCUUCUCUUCUUUUUUCAAUCUUUGGUUAUGGUUACACUUUUAAUCCUUCGUUUUCUUUUUAUGAUCUGAAUAUGCUAGUUCUCAGUGUUUUGAGGUUUUUUUUUUUCUUUAUUU